AUGCCAGUUGAUGAUAAAGAUAACCUACCCGUAAACACAGAAUUUGAAAUGUUAAAUAACUCUUCUUAUGCAUGCACACAUGAACCAUCGAAAGGUAUAAAUUCUUCGGAUUACGGUAAUGAUAGGACUGAAGGCUCCAAAGUGAACUUAGUGAUACCUAACCACUCGCCCUUAUCUGGGAAUGAAGUUUACACGUAUACCGACAAUGAGGAAUCUCAGGUGUUAAGGUGUGAAUGGAAUUCCUGUGGGACAGUGUUCCAACAACCUGAACUGUUGUACCAUCACCUGUGUAAAGACCAUGUAGGUAGGAAGUCGCAGCAAAACUUGCAGUUGAACUGUCAUUGGGGUACGUGUAAGACUACCACUGUCAAACGGGAUCAUAUUACAUCACAUCUUAGGGUUCAUGUGCCAUUGAAGCCUUUUAGCUGCUCGACGUGUAAAAGGAAGUUCAAGAGGCCUCAAGAUCUAAAAAAGCAUUUGAAAGUGCAUAUGGAUGAUGCGAUAAAAGGUAAACGAGGACCAAAGGUGGGUUCAAGAAGAAGUUCAAAGUUCUUGGGAUCACAUCAUAGACAUGACAACGGAAUCCAAAAAAUGGACGAUACUUCUGGCAGCAUAUCGCUGAAAAAUUUUGUCCAAGAGCAUAUUAGUGAUUACUGUUCAUCAGCUUCUCCACAGCUCACCAGUAAGAAUAUCUCAAGGAUUGUGCUGCCACCACCCACGACGCCUUCGAUGGUGGUUUCUAAUUUACAACAACAUGCAGCCCAUACUAGACAGGCGGUGUCGGUCUUCACUUCUCUUUCGGAUGAUAUGACUAGGAGGCUGCCGUCAUUAAUGCACUCACAGAGCGAAUUGGGUAAUUUCAAUUUGAGGACACCAUACUAUCCACCACCGCUCCCUACUCUGCAAUCGAAAUUUAGUAGCAUACAGGAACUUCCACCAUUGGAUGGUCCUAUACCUCCAAAAAAUGCUGCAUUUUUGCCUCGGCUACCUACUUAUAGGAGCUCCCGUCCUCAGUUGCCACUGUUGAAUUGCCUCAUGCAUGACCAGAGACCUUUUGCCACUUCUCAAUCGUUCUCCUUGAACCAAAAGGCUUCUAUGAACUCUGCAGAAUCAAUUAAUGAUGAUGAACAUAAUCAUGAUCAUGCUCAUGAUUCGACAGCACAGAUGGAAGAAUACGUUGAGGAUGAAGUCUCUGAAAUGCAAAAUGAACUAUUGACCGUUAAUAUUAUUAAAGACUACCUAAUCUGCGUGUUACUCGAGGAAGAGUACGUUACAGAGUUUAUGCCAAUUCACAAUACUACAGUAGAAUCUUUCCAUUCCCCUUUAAAGAAGUAUCCCCGCGUUGAGGUAUAA